AUGGAGAGGCCGAAGGUAUCACACUUGGCAGCAGUUAAGAGGAUCCUUAGAUAUGUGAAAGGUACUCUUGGUUGUGGAAUUUUGUUUCCGGCAAGCGACAUGGGCAGAAGUUGUGAGUUACUCGGAUACACCGAUUCCAAUUGGUGUGGAGAUAAGGAUGAUCGAAAGUCUACGGCGGGGUAUCUCUUUAUGUUCGGUAAGGCACCAAUCUCUUGGUGUUCGAAAAAGGAACCGGUUGUAGCCCUCUCUUCUUGCGAGGCCGAGUAUAUAACAGCGUCGAUGUGUGCAUGCCAAGCUGUGUGGCUGGUGAAUCUAUGUAAGGAGUUGGACAGCAGUAGAAAUGGGGCUGUUUUGCUACUUGUGGACAAUAUUUCAGCGAUAAACCUUGAUAAGAAUCCCACAUCACAUGGGAGGAGCAAGCAUAUUGAAAUGAGAUUCCACUAUUUGAGAGAAUUGGUGAGCUCCGGACAAUUGUGUUUAGGGUACCGCAGAAGCGAAGGACAAGUCGCGGACUUGUUAACGAAAGGCGUGACAAGUGAUGUGUUUGAUAACAUGAAAUAA